GAGCCCGGGAGGACCGAGCCCGGGAGGACCGAGCCCAGAGGGUGCUGAGCACCGGGAGGACCGAGCCCGGGGGACCGAGCCCAGAGGGUGCGGACCGAGCCCAGAGGGUGCUGAGCCCGGGAGGACCGAGCCCGGGGGACCGAGCCCAGAGGGUGCUGAGCCCGGGAGGACCGAGCCCGGGGGACCGAGCCCAGAGGGUGCUGAGAACCGGGAGGACUGAGCCCAGGGGACUGAGCCCAGGGGACCGAGCCCGGGAGGACCGAGCACUCUGCUCUCCAGACGCCCUGGGCGGGUCUGAGGCCUGGUGACGUCACUGGUGACGCCAGAGGGAGCCGCAGAGCAUGAUGGGAGCCAUGCCCCGCUGCCUGCCCCUGGCCUUGCUGUGCGCCCUGCUGCACACCCCCAGCUGCCUGGCACAGGGACUUCCAGCCUUGAUCCCCCAGAGAGCCUCAGUGCUGAAUGUGACCUUUGACCCCGGGACCUGGACACUGCAUUGGAGCUGCAGGGACAAUGUGGUCGUGACAUCAUGCACUGCAACAGAUAUCAAGAGGGACAGGAAACCCAGGACGCAAAGGAUCCGGCCCAUAGACUGCCGCUGUCAGUUCCGGUCCCUGACCCUUCACCUCGGGGUCACACUGGAGGUCAAUGCAACUGUCAAUCACAGUGCAGUGCUGGAGAGACUGAGUUACAUCAACCAAGGUGCAGAGGGGUCAGCAGCGCAGAACGUCACUUGCGUCAUCCAUGAUGCAGGUGUGAUGACAUGUCUCUGGGGGGCGGGGCCUACAGCACCACAUGAUGUCCAGUACUUCCUGCACAUCCGGAAUUCCACGGGUCAUGUGCUGAUGGAGUGCCCCACCUACCUGGGAGGUCACCUGCACACAGGCUGCCGCCUGGACGAUCUGACACUGGUGCCUCGUCACGUGCACGUGGCCGUGACCGGAUCCAGCCGGAUGGGUGAUGUCAUGUUCUAUGACGUCACGCUGAACACGAAGCUCAUUGAGCGUCUGAGCCCCCCGGAUGACGUCACUGUGGUUUGUAACUCCUCCCACUGCGCCGUCACGUGGUCCCGGCCGCGGACCUGGGCUCCCAUGACCUUCUCCGACUUCCAGUACGAGGUGGACAUCCAGAGGCAGAACCCGGAACCCGGAAGUUCCAACCACAAGGUGUACAUCUCCAUCCAGGAGGAGAACAGAGUCGAGUUCCCGAGCCCCGAGCCGAGGCUGGGUCACGUGGUCAGCGUGCGUGCGGGGGACGUGCGCAGCAAGCGGUGGAGCGUGUGGAGUCCGUUUGUGGAAUUCGGCUCUGAAAGGCGAGUGGUACCCCGAUUACACGUGUACCUGAUAGUGGUGACUGUGACCCUGCUGUGUGCCACGGGCCUGGGGCUGGCGUGUAAGAGGUUCAUCAGGAUCCAGAGACUCUUCCCCCAAGUCCCAGAAAUCAAGGACAAAGUCUCGGAUGAUGACAGGAUCAACCCCGAGACCCUGAGGAAGGAUUUGCAGCUGCAGAUCGACAAGACUGACUAGAUGAUAUGUCAGCAGGAAGCCCCCCCCCCCAUCAUGGGAUCCCAUCGUGAACUGACUGAGAAUUCUGUGAAUAUACAACUGUUCCUCACUUGUGACUUUAAAUUUAAUGAAAAAAUGAAUGUCCGCAUGA